CGAUGCUGAUCUGUCCAGAGCUGUGAGGAGGGGAGAAGGAGGAGGAGGAGGAGAGGAGAAGAGGAGAGGAGAGAUAAGUGACACACAUGCACAGCGCAGACAGCAGCAGCAGGAGAAACCCGCAUCAGGACACACGCACGUUUCCACCAUGUAGCAGCAGAAACAGACGGACUUCAUCUCAAACUUGAAGGCAGCAUCAGUGUUUCUGUGACCGAGACUCCGGCUGACGUGUUUUCUCCGCAGGGAUAAAAACAAAAACCGCAGGAGCAGAAAAUGGCGGCGACACACAUCCUCUGCUUCUCUUUGUGGCUCUCCACAAUCUUCAGCAGUGGACUCACGUGCCCGGAGCUUUGCACCUGCUCAGACAAAUACGACCGACAUUUUGCUGAGUGCUCCUACAAAGACUUGGCUGAAAUCCCGGAUGGUUUGCCUCCGAACGCCACAACCGUGAGUCUCUCUGCAAACAAGAUCAGUCUGAUACCGCUGGGGAGCUUCGAGAAUGUCACCGGAGUGAGGUCGCUGUGGAUGGCCCACAACGAGAUCGUCUCCGUAGAAGAAGGGAGCCUGACGCCGCUGGUUCACCUGCGCAACUUUGACAUCAGCCACAACAGGAUUGUGGACUUUCCGUGGGAGGAUCUGCAGAACCUCACAAGCCUGGAGCUGCUGAAGAUGAACCACAACGAGAUGGUCCACCUGCCAAGGGACGCCUUCGCCAACCUCAAAGACCUGAAGUCCCUCCGACUCAACAACAACAAGUUCAUAACCAUAGCCGAAGGGACGUUUGAUGGUUUGGUGUCUUUGUCUCACUUGCAGAUUUAUAAAAAUCCUUUCGCGUGCACCUGCUCUCUGGACUGGCUCCGGGACUGGUUGUCAAAAACCACCAUCUUAGUCCCCGAGCAGAGUCUGAUUGUUUGUGCGAUGCCACAGAAACUCAGAGGGGAAGUGAUCCGAAAGUUGCCCGAGUCAAAAUGCACAAGCGCGAACGUGACGAUACGAGCCGAGCCGAACAUUCACAACACGACCAUCUACGAAGGAGCGGCACUGGUCUUAACGUGUGACUUCACCGGGAACCCGAAGCCGCUGGUCAUGUGGAAUAUUCGCACGAAAAGCCGGAAGCAGGAGCUGGUUUUGUCCUUCACCGAGGACGACACGGCGGAAUCAAGCAAGGGCUCUUUACUGUCCUAUAAUCCUGUCAAAGUUUAUAAUAAUGGCACUCUUAUUAUUUCACGACUCAGGAGGGAAGACGGCGGCAACUACAGCUGCUCGGCCACAAAUGAGUUUGGAAGAGCUGAGGAUUCUGUGUCACUCGAGGUGGCGGCCUUACCAAAACUAACACCUGCAAAACAGACGACCACAAUGCCUGCUUUCACUAAAACUCACCCGUUUAUCCACCAAGCAACAGACAAAACUGUUUCGGAUCCUGUGCCUGAUUUAAAGAGAGAAGAUGUCACAGAUGUCGUACCAACUUUCCCACCCACUGCAGAGAUCAAGCCUUCCGAGGAGCUGGUGCAUCUAUCACGUGGGAGCAAAUGUGGCGUAACAGCGAACACGAGAUACAUUUCCAGCCACGUGUUUAACGGGAGCAUAGAUGACAUCAAGCAGUACACAUUUGACUUUGGCGUCAUUGCGUUGGGGGUGUCGGAAACAGAGGCGACAGUGCGGCUCAAUCCUCUUCUGAUACCCAGAGACAGCAACCAGGCCACCAACACCGCCUCCGUCACUUCUGAUGAAAAUGCUGACAGUGAGGAGCGCCUCGAGGUCGUGUCUGAAAAAGUUCACGUCAACGGGUUGUAUCUCUGCCUCACGGCCGACCGUAAACACUCAGCAGUGCAGUGGUCGAGGAUCAGAGAAGGUGUGAACACGUAUCUGUUCAGCGGUUUGCGCCCCGGCACCAACUACUCGCUGUGCCUGACAUACCGCGGCGAGGACUGCGAGGUGCAGGUGCUGUUCACCACCAGGAGGCGGGUGCCCAACCUGCUGAUCAUCAUCUCUGUCAGCAUCUGCCUCCUCACCGUUUCCACUGUGCCGCUCCUGGGUGCCACGUGCUUCCACCUGGUGUACAAGUACCGCAGUAAGACCUACAAGUUGAUCCUGAAGGCCAAAGACCAGUACCACAUGGAGAGGAACCUCACCGCCAAUUUCAACAUCCGAGCGCCGCACACCGAGUCCCAGAGGAAGAUUAACGGCAGCCAGCUGGACGAGGAGGAGGGCGAGAUGGAGAGCAGGGACGGAGACAAAGAGGCGGACACGGAAGAAAGUGUCAUGACCGAGUCGUUCUCUCUAUCUCAGUGCCGGGGGAAUCUAGACAACUGCGAGGUUGGCUCAGAGUACAGCGACCGGUUACCUUUAGGAGCUGAAGCUGUGAAUAUUACAAGCAACUACAAAUAUCCAAAUCAGUAAAUGUCUGUAUCAUGUAUUUGCAGUUUGCAUUUGCUUUGUGCCAAUGGGUUUAGGUUUGUUUUUUAGCCUUGCAUAAGCAGCCCAGACAUUUUGUUUUGUUCCACAGCGAUGACUCAAAACACAUUCAAUCACUCUCCCUGCAGAGCUGCAUCUCUCAGUGCACAAACACACAAACAGUACACAGGCUACCAGCUGCAAGGCUUCAUUGAUUGUCAGUAGAUGUUAUCCAGAGUAACCUUGUUACCCAUAUUUAUUUUUGUAGCCAGGAAUAUCACAGCUUGUUUCCCCCUCUCCUUUCAAAAUAACCAAUUUCCUUUGCAUGAUACAUUCAUGUACACAUUUGGAAAACAGCUUCCAUAAACAUUAUUAGAAAGUAAUAAGAAAAAUCAAGCAGCUUCUGUUCCAGAGAGGGAGAGAAAGUAGGUCUGUUUUAUCGUAGUGACAGUCCAUCAAAGUGUUUCAAGGUUUUUGUGCAGAUUCAUAUUUAAUGAAGAUAUCACUGGUGGUGACUGAAUUGUGUAAAUAUUUGUCCCAUUUAGAAUUAAAUUGAUGAUAAAGAAGCUUAUGAUUUUGGGCGUGGCUCAGGCAGAUCCACCGCAAGCUCCUCCCCAGUCCAAAUAUGGUCUCUUUUGAUUUCAAAAAGCAAAGAUGUCAACAGCCAUAAUGCUGAAUUCCAAGCUUCAGUCCACAAACCAAUGGUUGACGUCACAGUGAAUAAAUCCACUAUUUAUAUACAGUCUAUCGUUACAGUCCUGUUUUAUAGACUCAAAUAACUAAUUCAAACCAAACUUAUCAGAAAAGCAAACACUUGAACAAACAGCAUGAUAGGAAGAUCCUAAAAAGACAGAAACCAUGUUUGGGAAACAUUCCCUUAACCUCUACUUUGGGCUUUUUAGUUUGGCCUAAUCUCAUGGAAGUAGUUUUGUUUCCUAAACCUGAUGAAACUGUGACUGUUUCUAAAUGGUAACAGUGUUUAGUUUAGAGGACAGUAGGACCAAUCAUUUUAUAAAUGCUCCUGUGGGUUUGUAUUUCUGGCUUGGAACAAAUGACAUGUGAGGUCUUUUGGUUUGUAGGACUUCUUCCAGAGGCGUGUUUAGAGCACGACCAGUUUUUGAAGUAAUAGUUUGACAUUAAGGGAAAUAUGCUUAUUUGCUUUGCUUGCAGUGCGUUAGAUAAAAAAAUUUAAAACAACUUGUCAGCCAGCAGUCGCUUCGCUUCGCACAAAGAGUGGAAGCAUGGAUAAACAGGAAAGCACAUAGAAAGCGAGCAGCUUCACCACAGCUGCAUAAUGUCUUCUUUUUUUUUUACAUUUUAUUUGAAUUGUAGAAGGUGCAAAGAAUUUUAAAAAGUGCACCUGGAUCCAGAUCUGCAGCAAAUGAAACAUAGUGGUAGACAAUCAUGGGAUGCAUGAACCAGAUAUUUUUAGUGUAUUUUAGGCAGUGCAGUAGUUCAGAAGAAAACAUUUAAAAUAUACCUUCAAAAGUCCUGAAUGGUUGUGAUCUUUGGUCCAACUUUCUACCAAAUCUGAUGAAUAAAAUCCCACCUAAGUGACAGAAAAACAGGAAAAGGGGAAGAUCACAAUAAACACAAAUGUGUAUUUGUUCAUUUGUGCCUUUUUUUGGUAAUUUUAACAGUAAGAUAAUGAGCAAUAUUCAGUUUGAUCAGCUCGCAUGAUUUAAUUGCUCAAAUGGGCAUAACGUCAACCAUGAAAUAAACAAAAAAUAGCCUUAAUUCCUUUAAAAGUAUGUUUUUUCAACAGAGAAAACACCUCGAGAAAGAAAUUGGAAUUUCUGUCAGCAAAUCUUACAAAAUAGUACCAUUAUAAACUUAAUUACUGCCUCUUUCUUUUUAUUAAAAGCAUAUUUGUAAAAAAAAAAAGUAAGAAUAAGCAGCUAAUGAUUUCUGUUAUCAGGAGGACUUUCAAGGUUUUACCCCCAAAAAAGACAUGAAAUCAAAUGUAACAAAGCUUAAGUGACACGUGACAUAAACUGCAAAAUGAUAAGUGGCUUUCAACUAGCUGUAGAUUAUAAUAAAUGGGCAAACUGUAAUUUAAGAUUGCAAUAUUCUGCUUCAAACUACUUGCAGUUAAUCUGUGCAGCCGUAUUAGGAGUGCAGUAGAAAAAAUACAGAAACGUAUCAUUAAAUGUUUAGAGAAACUGUGUCGUUUCAAAGAGAUUAACUUUGUGUCCUGCAGCUACGAGGUCGUCGUCCAGUUAAACUGUGAACAU